UAUUUUAUUUUAUUUUAUUAUUUUUGUAGUUCUUUGAUCAUAUAGUCUGAGAUUUUAUAGGGAUUCUGAUCAUAAUUGGGUUUGCUUUUUGAUGUCUAUGCUCUUUUUUCUUUGGUGGGUCGGGAAUUGAAAAGCUUGAGCCUUUGUUGUUCACUUUUGAUUUUGAAAGCCCUAAGAUACUUGGUUUUUAUUGCUCAAUUGGAAGUUAAAGCUCAAAAGAUUGUGAAUUUGGUUUCCUAAUGCCUUUGCAUUCGAAGUCUUGGUUCGUGGGCUUGUGUUUUGUUUGAUUGAGAUUGGAGGUGCAAAGUAAUCCGAGGAGAAUGGGAAGUAAUGGUGUGGACUCACUUCCUAGGGCUGAUGAGGCUGGAGGUUCUGAAGCUACCAUUGAGAUUAAAAUAAAAACAUUGGAUUCUCAAACAUAUACCCUGAGGGUUGAUAAACAGGUGCCAGUUCCUGCUUUAAAAGAGCAGAUUGCUUCUGUCACUGGUGUGUUAUCGGAGCAACAACGCCUAAUAUGCCGAGGAAAGGUUCUAAAGGACGAUCAACUCCUCUCUGCCUACCAUGUUGAAGAUGGUCAUACCUUGCAUCUGGUUGUUCGGCAACCUAUUAUGCCAUCAUCUGAGGGUUUAUCCAAUCAUCCAGGAACUGAUCCUGCUUUAAGUACAAGCCGUGGUCAAAGUAAUCAGGUAGCCCCUGGUCUUGUUAUUGAAGCUUUCAGUGCUGUUCAGGGGGAUAGUGUUCCUCCAGAAAUCAAUCGGAUCGUCUCUGCCGUUAUGGGUUCUUUUGGAAUUACAAACGUUGUAAGUGGUGGUGACGGGACUGAUGUCAGGGAACACGGUGCACAAAAUCCUACCCAGCUUCAAUCUGAACAAACUGGCGUGAGGGGUCCGCUUGAUAGAUUUCACAAUACUUACGGACUUCCAUCAGCAGUUUCUUUGGGACCUCUGCAGCCUCCUGUAAUUCAAGAUUCUUUGACUACUCUAUCCCAAUAUUUAAGUCUAAUGAGGCGUGAAUUUGAUGCCAUUGUGGCAGGGAGAGGUGGGGGAAACAGUGCUCAGGCGGCUGCCACACUGCCUACAGCGACAGUACAAGAAGGGUUUCCAACGCCUGCAUCCUUGGCAGAAGUCAUGCUAUCGACCAGGCAAAUGCUCAUUGAACAUGCAGGAGAAUGCAUACUUCAACUAGCUAGACAACUGGAGGAUCAAGUGAAUGUGACUGAUCCCUCAAUGCGGUUAAGCACUCAGUCUAGUGUCCGUAGAGCUGGGUUUCUUAUUCAUAAUCUAGGUGCACUUCUACUUGAACUUGGUCGUACAACUAUGACAUUGCGGCUGGGUCAAUCACCGUCAGAAGCCGUGGUUAAUGCUGGACCUGCAGUUUUCAUAUCCCCAUCUGGUCCUAAUCCAAUCAUGGUUCAGCCUUUUCCUUUUCAACCGGGAACAAGCUUAGGUGCCAUCCCCAUGGGAGGUGUGCAACCUGGCCCCAGCUUGGUUAAUGGACUUGGUACUGGAUUUGUUCCGAGGCGUAUUGAUAUACAAAUAAGAAGAGCAACUACACCAAAUGUUAAUCGUGAGGAACAUAGUGAUACUCAGCAGCCCUUUGGGCACAGAAACUCAACAACAAAUUCUGGUGGUGAAAAUCCUAUUAUUACAUCAGCUUCAAGGGUCUCAGAGGGUCCAUCUUUUGGUGGAGAGUCAGGAGUACAGGUGGUACCGACUAGGACCAUGAUUGCAGCAGUACCUGGUCCCUUCAGUCGCCUACCUUCAGAUUCAGCUGGUAAUUUGAUAGGUUUAUACUAUCCAGUUCUUGGAAGAUUUCAACAUGUGGCUUCUGGACUUGUGAGUGGUGAACAGGGAUCUCAAGCAUCUGGUGAGCGCCAUUCUGCUGGCCUCCAAACUGAGCAGCAGACUGAUUCUGCAGUACAACAGCAUAACCUAGAUGGUCCUGCUAGAGAUGGAUCGUUUCCAACUCCCUAUUUAAGACAACAGGAGCCAUCCAAUGCACGCAGUGGAAAUAUCAACAUUGUCUCAGCUGAUCGGACCCAAAACAGCCAGGAGUCUGAUGGACAUCUACCAAGUAGUGUUAUGCAGUUCUUAAGGACCCUCUUUCCUGAUGGUGAAAUUCAUGUUGAAGAAGCCAGUUCAGAGGGAACAGGUAGAGGUGCGGUCUCUGAUCAUGUAGGGGCAUCUGGUGGUUUUGUGAAUGCACCAGAAGCUGAACCGAGAGCAAGCGAUGAAGGAAUAUUUUUGUCUAAUUUGCUACAUCAGAUCAUACCCUUAAUAUCGCCACAAGCUGGUGCAGAGCCAGAUGCUAGACAUACAGAAGCAGCAAACGCUUCUGAGAAUACAAUGCCUCGAGAUUCUUCCACCCAGGCUGAGGACUCUGAUGUUGGGACGUCUCGUCGACCAAAUGAUAGUGAAACAAGCCCUCCAAAUUCGAAACGCCUAAAGACGGAGUGAUGUCAUGAGACUGGUGUCUAAGUGAUGCUACCAGCCAACGUAGUUCUUUUUUCUUUUCUCUUUUUGCCUUCUCGAGCGGGAAGUUGUGAAGUAGAUAGUUAUUGGAGUUAUAGGGGAUCCGGAUACUCUCUCAGACAAAAAAAAAAAAAAAAAAAAAAACUUGUUUUCUCUUAGACAGUAUAAUUUGUUGGUGCUGGAAGACUUAUAAAUUGGAUUUUAUUUCCAAUAGAGCUAUUUGUUUGGGAUUUUUA